AACUUCUUCAGAAAAAGGGGUAGAGGGAAGAAAGAAAGAAAGAAAGUUGUGGACCGUGCAGUGCGAUCGGGGACUUGAGUUCGGCACCGGACGGCUGGGAUGUGACUUCAGCGUUGCUCCCGUUCGCUGUUUUUUUCCCCCGUUUUCUCGUCACACGUCUCCGCUCCCGGAGCCGGGACAGAAUUCCUGCCUUUGAAGACGGGAUGAUCAAAGGCCGGCGGGCUGGGACUCCGGUUCAACACUUUCUUUCCGUUUUUUGAGCCCGUUAGUUGUGAGAUGAGCGGCAGACGGGCGGCGGGUGUCACCGACCCACGUGAAGUGUCUGCUGCGUCCUGGCGGAUCUCUUUGUGCUUGAAUUUUGAAAAAGCCGCACUGGCUGAGAGAAGAUGUGGAUCCACAUGAGGGGCCACAAAGGAGGCCCUUCGCGACCCGGGUCCCGUCCUGCUUUUAUCCUGACAUCUUUUGGGGGGAGGGGGUGGUGACUUCAUUAUCGUUAUUUUUAAUGAUCUAAAAAUCCAAUGGAUUCUUCCUCAGGACAAAGUUCACGUGGACGUGGUUUGUCCACACGAGGACAAACCGCAUGAGGACUGAAGUCAUGUAACUGAUCUGAAAUGUCCUAAAACAGUUAUUUAUCUGCUUUGUAUUUAUUGUGUGUGUAUAUAAGAGAGGAGGUUUUUAGUUUAACUGCUGGGUUUCGCUCGGUUUGUUCAUCUGUAAUUUAAGUCCUCCAGGAGUUCCAUCAUGGACAGACCCAUAAGCAAGUUGUUGGAAAAGUUAAAGCUAACCGACUCGGGCAGCGUGAAAUUCAACAGUUCAAAGAAAAAACACGACCCCACCAACAAUUCCAACAACAGUAACGCCAACGCUGGUAUCGCCGGGGGCAGCGGUGCCGGCAGCAGUCUACCGCCGCCUCCCAAUCCUGCCAGUGCCUCGCCUUCACGACCUGCCCAGUUCUUGCUCAGCUCUCUGGCCACAAGCGAUGCCUGCGUUCCAGUCAGUGGGAGAGGAGGAGGAGGAGGAGGGAUGGGAAUGUCCCAAACUCCACUUCUACCUACAGCACCAGCCUCCUCCACUGUGGGUUCCAUGACUUCAGAUGGUGACCAACCCCUUCACCCAUUGACCUUGGCGCCACUGAGGCGGCGCUCCCAUCAGCAGCGUGCUUCCUGUUACCUGGCUGAAGGCGUGGAUUCCCACCUGAGGCGUGAGUCUGGCCUGGGCCCAGAGUCCGACCCUCUGGGAUCGUUUGGCUCCAAGGCGUCACUCAAUCACCGGCGCUACUCCCUGGAGCUCCAGCAGCUUGUCCGGAGACAGCAGCUUCUCUCCCAGCCUCCACCUCUGGCUGUUCCACCACCGUACCCCACCACUGCGGGUUAUGGGUCAGCUCCCAGGCCCAGCGGAGGCAGUCUGGCUGAGGUCGGUUAUCUGUCUGAACCUGAGAGGCACAAGCGGUUCUCUCUGCAGGAGGCUCUCUUCUACAAACAGCUAAGCACAAGCAGUGAACUAUGGGAAAGUACCAGGCCUGCUUCCCUCUCUCACCCACCGCACCGUCCCUCGGAUGUGACCGGAGGAGGUGUUGGAGGGGGCUUCUUUUACCCUCCAGGACCAACUCCGAGCCCACGCUCUUCAUUCAGCCUUCAGGAGUCGGUGCUGGUCAGUCCCAGGUCCAGCUUUGCCUCCAGCACUGCCAGCGGAGGUGGAGGUGGAAGUCCCAUGGGGAGCCGUUGCAGUAGCAAUCGGACAAGUGGCAUCAGCCUGGGCUAUGAUUCCCGCUACUCUGCCUCUGGAGGCCUCCCUCCACAGCAACCUUGCCUGCAGUCUGGGGGAUCCAGUGCUGGAUAUGGGACUCCAGGAAGAGCUGGUAUAAACCCUGUGGAGGCAUGGACUCACUAUCUGGAGGGAGCAAUGCGUCCAGCUCCCCAUGACACCCGGCAUUCCUACCCACCUGCUGUAGGAAGUCCAGCAGCUGCAUGCUACCAGGGUGGACCAGAGUGGUGGGAGGAUCAGCAGCCAGGAAUGAGGGGCAAGGAAGGGGGGGUGAUGGGAGAAAGAGCCCGCCACUCAGACCUGCCUGGCACCCGGUACCAAGAAGAGCUGACCCGACUUCUACUGAGAGAUGCAGCACUGGAAGGGGAGGGUCUUAUGGAGGGGCUCAAGCUGAAAGAGCAGAACCUGAACAUGGCAGUCCUUGGAUCCAACUCUACAGGAGGGACGGUCAACCAGGAAGAUCGUGGAGCGGCCACUGGAAGAGAGGCUGUGGAGAACCGCCAAGAGUUCUUUGGACAAUGUGUGAAGUGUGGGAAAGGCGUUUACGGGGCGGAGAACGCCUGCCAGGCCCUGGACAGCCUCUAUCACACGCGCUGCUUCACAUGCGUGUCCUGUGGACGCACCCUGAGAAACAAGGACUUCUACAACGUUAACGGCUCCGUGUACUGUAAAGAGGACUACAUGUUUUCAGGAUUCCAGGCUGCUGCUGAGAAGUGCAGCGUUUGUGGACACCUUAUUCUGGAACAGAUCCUUCAGGCUCUGGGGAAUUCCUACCAUCCCGGCUGUUUCCGUUGCGUGGUCUGCUCCAAAGCUCUGGAUGGUGUGCCCUUCACCGUGGACCGCCACAGCAACGUCUACUGUGUGGUGGACUACAACAAGACGUUCGCCCCAAAGUGUGCCGCCUGUUUACAGCCCAUCUUACCCACUGAGGACAGCGAUGAGAUCCUCAGGGUUGUGUCCAUGAACAAGGACUAUCACUUCGAGUGCUACCACUGCGAGGAGUGCGGGAAGCAGCUGUCGGAUAAGCCUGGCUCCCAGUGCUUCCCCCUGGACUCCCAUCUCCUGUGCCACUCCUGUCACCUGACCCGCGUGUGCGGCGUGCACAGCAUUCCUCCUCCUGACGCACACUGAUCAACACCUGCACGGUGUUAAAGAAAAGCUGGUCUCAACAUGCCUGAUUCUGCUGACAUGAAGACACUUCCACUGAUUUACUGCUGUACUUAUACUAUUACUGUACUUAUACCAUUACUGUACUUGUACAUGUUGAAAAGGGAAAAAAAAAAAAAACUACUGCUUGUUUUCAGCCUGUGCAGCUGUUUGCUGUCGAAGAACAAACUGCUUUGUACAUAUCCUGAGCAAAUGGUUUGCACUUAAUUUUGACUUUACUGUAAAAUUUGUGCUCAUUUGUACAAAUUGGGGCAAAAAAAAAAAUCAUUACUGUAACAUCAUUUAUAAUAAAUAUUUUGUCAGU